CUUGACUCGGCUUCAGGCUCCUCCCGGGCGAGCCGGGCGCGGAGAGCGGCGGCGGGCGGGGGCGAUGCGCGGGGCCCGCCGCUCCGCCCGGGCUGCUCCGCUCCCUGCGCCGCCCGCACCGCGGACCUGCGGCCGGGCCCGCCAUGGGCACCCUGGGCAGGAGGAGGGAGAACCAGCAACCUGCCCAAGCAUGCAGCACUGCCCCUGAACCAGCCCUGGAGCUGCAGCAGAGCAGCCACUGUCCCAGCCUCUCCAACCACACUCAGGUCAUGAUGGUGCCCUUGGGGCACCUGGCCAAGGGAGCCACUUUGGAAGAUCUUCUUGAGACCUGCAUUCAGUCUUUUGAUUUAGAAGGAAAUGCAUGUAAAAACAACCAGCUGCUAAAAAUAAUUCUGGCCAUGCAUCAGUUUUUCAUCUCCUCUGCAGACAUGCUUCAGAAACUUGUUGAUCUCUAUCUGAAUGCUUUAGAAAAUAACUCUUCCAUGCUGUGUGUAAAGAUUUGCUAUUUUGUGAGGUAUUGGAUUACAGAAUUCUGGAUUAUGUUCAAAAUGGACUCUAAACUGUCCACAGCUAUGGAGGAAUUUCAAGAGGUGGUUAGAGCUAAUGGUGAGGAGUUACAUUGUCGUCUAAUUGACACAUCUCAAAUAAAUUCUAGGGACUGGUCUAGAAAGCUGACACAGCGUGUAAAGGCCAACACCAGUAAGAAAAGGAAAGUCUCACUUCUUUUUGAUCACCUUGAGCCAGAGGAGCUGUCAGACCACCUGACCUAUCUUGAAUUUAAGUCUUUCAGAAGAAUAUCAUUCUCAGAUUAUCAGAACUACAUUGUGAACAGCAGUGUGAAAGAGAACCCGACCAUGGAAAGAUCAAUUUCUCUUUGCAAUGGUAUCUCUCAGUGGGUGCAGCUGAUGGUUCUCAGCAGACCAACACCACAGCUUCGUGCUGAAGUGUUCAUCAAGUUCAUUCAUGUGGCACAGAAGCUCCACCAGCUGCAGAAUUUCAACACAUUAAUGGCAGUGAUAGGAGGUCUCUGUCACAGUUCCAUUUCCAGGCUCAAGGAAACAAGCUCAUGUGUUCCUCAUGAUGUAAUUAAGGUGUUUAAUGAAAUGACAGAAUUGCUUUCAUCUUACAGAAAUUAUGAUAGCUACCGACGUGCCUAUAACGAGUGCAGUAACUUUAAGAUCCCAAUCCUUGGGGUCCACCUGAAAGACUUGAUAUCCCUUUAUGAGGGCAUGCCAGACUACUUGGAGGACAAAAAAAUUAAUGUAUACAAACUAUAUUCUCUGUAUAAUCACAUAGAUGAGCUGAUACAACUCCAGGAAAUGCCACUUCCCCUGGAGGCUAAUAUGGACCUUGUUCACUUGCUUACACUGUCCCUUGAUCUUUACUACACAGAAGAUGAAAUUUAUGAACUUUCAUAUGCACGAGAGCCACGAAGUCACCGAGCUGCUCCUAUGACACCUUCCAAACCACCAGUAGUUGCAGACUGGGCCUCAGGAGUGGCCCCAAAACCUGAUCCAAAAACCAUCAGCAAACACGUCCAGAGGAUGGUAGAUUCUGUCUUCAAAAAUUACGACCAUGAUCAGGACGGAUACAUUUCCCAGGAAGAGUUUGAAAAGAUUGCUGCCAGUUUCCCAUUCUCGUUUUGUGUAAUGGCCAAGGACUGGGAAGGUCUGAUUAGCAGAGAUGAAAUAACAGCUUAUUUUAUGAGGGCUAGUUCAAUCUAUUCCAAAUUAGGACUUGGCUUUGCUCACAACUUCCAAGAGACCACUUACUUGAGGCCCACUUUCUGCGACAACUGUGCUGGAUUUCUAUGGGGAGUCAUUAAACAAGGAUACAGAUGCAAAGACUGUGGAAUGAACUGUCACAAGCAAUGCAAAGACCUGGUUGUGAUAGAGUGCAAGAGAAGACCCAAAACUUCAGUUGCAGACAGCAGCCCAACAUCUGCUCUUGCUUCAAGCCUCUGCCCAGUAGGAGUCAAAGAACAAUUCCAUGGACAAGAAGAAGGAUCAUUCACCUUUCCUAAUGGAGUAGUGGAGCACAGUGACGACAGCAAGGAUCGAACCAUUAUGCUCAUGGGCUCCUCAGCUCAGAAGAUCUCAGUGAGACUGAAACCAGCUGUGAUCCAUAAAAGUACCCAGACUGAUCCUGUACUUAUGGCUGGCGAUGUGUCUCGUAAGCGGAGAGAGAAGAAAGAACACAGGAUGCCAGAGAAUCCUUAUCUCCAGGCAGCUCCAGCAUCCACCUUUCCAAGCCCAAUCCUCGGCCGCAGAAAGGCAUUUGUUAAAUGGGAAAACAAGGACUCCAGCCACAAAAUGAAGGAGGAGCAUCACAGCUGUAAACCCUCAUACCAGGAACUUGAGCAGGAAAGGAAUAUUCUAAAGGCAGACAAUGAAGGUUUAAAGAUCCAGCUGGAACAGGCACAUAAAACAAUUGAAUCUCUCACAAUCCAGAAAAGAAACCAUGUAGUAGACAGUCUACAACACAGAGACUGCUCCUAGCAGAUGAGAGGAAAAUCUCCUAUGAAAUGGAAGAAUGUAAGACUGAGAGGGGCUGUGAUAAAGCUGCUUUCCAAGUGAACUGAAGAGAGAAUCUGAAGGAUGUUAAGCAGAAGUGUUCUUUUUAUUUAAUACAUUUCCCUUUUAAACAUGCACUCCCAAAUGUAUAAAAUCAUUCCUCUGACCUUGUAAGGUAAUUUAGCAUUAUCUGUGUAAUGAAAAUGCAUCUUGUGUGUUUGCUUUUAAAAGGAGUGAGAGUGUUGCUGAAGUCUGUUCAUGCUGAAGACCAUAUUGAUUUCCCAGUGACUUACCUGGCUGCCAGCAGCACACCUUACUGCAGAAAGGUUCUGACAAAGUAGCUAUUCAUAAGAUCAUGUCACCUCAAAUUUGGCCCAAACUCAGUUUUGUAGAAACAAAUGUUUGAUAAAGCUGAGUAAGUAAAACUUCUUUCUUGGAGCUGAAACCAAUUAAAAACCUGAAUUGAAUUGCCACAUUUAAUUCCAGAAAUUAACAAGAACUUUAAAAUAAGUAGCUAAGCUAAUGAUAUUUGAUUGAUCCUUACACUAUAAUAUAAACUGACAAUUUUUCAACAUCAUUUAGAGCUUUAGAAGUUCUGCUAUUCAAACACUUAAAAGUAAUAGAAGUGAGACUAUAGACUUAACAUUGAAUACUGCUUUCAUUUUUGUGUUCCAUGCCAUGACUUGGAACACUUAAUUCCACUUAUUUGUUUUAAGGGGUAACCUUUUGUCCCCAUACAGUAGAUAUGGGACAAGGUUGAUGAUAUUUCUGGCACAUCAAAGUAGAUGCCAUUGUUGAGCAGAACUUUUAGAGACAUAUUAUGAGGGAAACUGUACAGCAAUCUCUGUGCAAUAGCUACUGUAUUUCAGAGCUCCUGACAAGAUUUCUCCAUUUUCUCUCUCCUAGAUUUCACAUGCACUUUAUAUAAAGAGUCAAGAUGAGUGUUCUCCUAUGUCUGUAAAUUUUGUAUAGCAAAAAGUGCGAGGGAGGUAACUUAAAUACACAGUGUACAUAUUGUUAAGAGAAAAAUAAAAGUUACUGAUAAAUCUACUUGUCUAAAUAGCAAAUUUGAAAAUUGUUAUUGCAUUCCAAGAUAAUCUGUACACUUAACAGUUGUAUAAAACUUUCUUGUAUUUGUCAGAUAUUUGUCAUCACACAUACAAACAUCAGAAACAAAGUCCACUUAAUGCUCAACACUUCUAAGUUACCCAGUCCAUUAUAGAUUGAAAUUUAGUCAAUGACAAUAGCAUCUGUGCUUUGUGUUCAAAGUGGCAUAAAUAUACAUUCCAUUCACAAUUUACAGUCAUUAUCAAGUAUGAAUGCUUUAUUUAUAAAGUUAAUUUGAAACUACUUGCCAGUUUAGUGAUUCAAAAUUCUUGUUUUGAAAUUGGAUUGUGCUUGCAACCCUAUGUAUAAGUAAAAAUAAAUGGAGGGAAAGAGCAGUAGUAGUAGAUUUUCUGUAACAUUACUGUAAAUAACUGAAAUGCAUACAAAAAAAACAGCUCUGAAGACUGUGUAGCUUUUUAAAUGCAUACACUAAACCUGAAUUAUUAACAAGGAACAUGGAAUUGCACUUUGUUCAGUGAAGCAAUCAGAAUGACUGUCAGGUCAUCCUGCAACCUUGGUUCACCCAUUUUCUGUGAGCUUCUUGAUUUUGUCCUCUAUUCAGGGACUACAGCAAGCUAUAUUUCUAAUAGGCAUUUAACAAAUAAAAGUCCGUUUUUACAACCAUUAAACAAGAUAAAAGUUGAAUAUAUUUUCACUUACUUAAAAAAUACCCCAGAGGAGCAGCUAAGACUCAUAAAUCUUGAAGGUAAAUUCUCACUGGUGGUCUGAAUUUGAAUAGAAUUUGUGUGUAUACACAUACUUUGUCUUUUAUGGAAUAUGGAAAUCAUGAACAAAACCUCAUAGUUAAAAGGAGAAUUUCCUAACAUCAGCAGCUGGCUGAAAGGCUACUGUAUAACUAGGUAAUACUCCAAAGUGAGUUAUGACCACAGAUUUGUACAGUCCUAAAUGCUAACUUAAUGUUUCUCUGUGAAGGUUGCUUGUUCAGUCUGAAAGAUUCAAAAGGGAUCUGUUUGCAGGAAUGCCUUAGGGAACAUGUGUGCUGAAAACUUCCUGCUUCAAAAAAGUCAGUUGAUACCUGCAUAACUUCAGAGCUAAUUACCUUCAGGUUCUCUGUUUUUCUAAAGUGCUGUUAGUCCCUUAUGUUCUUUUGGGGCUUUCUUUUUCCUGAAUGAAAGACAACAGUGGAACCUGACUAGAGGGAAAUGUUAAAACUGACAAUGCUACCCAGAAUCACUUGCCUUGUGUUAAUCUUCAAGCUGCCUUAUGU